AUGUCUAGAAUUCAUAUUAUAAUCUCCUGUUUCGCAUUGUUUUUGAGCACCACUGAUUCACAAAGUAUGAGUGCUGAGCAAAACCACCUUCCAGAAUCCAACGUGACGAUUCAUCCACCAAGAUUCGAGAUCGUUGUCCAGCUAUCAAUGUUAAAAUUGGUGGAAGUCGUUGAGCCAGAGGAAAAAGCCACGUUUUUGUUUGAUUAUCAAUCUAACUGGUACGAUCCUCGUCUCUCGUGGGAUCCCGAAGAUUACGGUGGAAUCAACCAUAUCUACGUUCCAAGAUCUCGUGUUUGGAUUCCAGAAACCACGAUUGUUGAUUGCUCGGAGGUCAAGGUUUUUGACAACGAAUACACUAGAUAUGUUUGGCUUCAUUCGAACGGUUCGAUUGGGAUGUACACGGCUUCUGUGACUUCGGUAGUUUGUCAAAUGGACAUUUACAACUUCCCGCUGGACAAGCAUACGUGUAGUGUGAACAUUCUGUUCAACACUUACCUUAUGACCGAAUACUUGAUCACUGGCCAGACCGGUACAUUACCAAGACCCGUGCAUAUGCUGGUCUACAAUUUCCCACUGGAUCGACACACGUGUAGUGUGAAUUUGCUCUUCAACACCUACAGACUUGAGGAGUUUUUGAUCACCGGGAAAACUGGCACCAUGCCAAGACCCGUGAAUCAGUUGGGAAAUGGAGAAUGGCAAAUGAACUCAAUCCAGAUGAGCAUCGAACCCGUAGUCGACAAUAUGACGUAUCUAACCAGAUUUGAGGCAACAUUCCAGAGAAAUCCAGGAUUCUAUGUUGUUCUUGUUAUGAUACCCGCGUAUUUUAUCAAUUUCUUAUCAAUCGUCGCACUGUUCACUGACAUUGACAAUCGAAAUGAGAAAUUCACAGUGGCGAUGACAAAUAUUAUGUCGAUGAGCUUCAUUUUGGUGAUAUUGGCAGAGGAUUUGCCGAAAACCAAGAAUUUGCCCAUUUUAGCAAUCUACACUGUUACAAGUCUAGCGAUUAUGCUUUUCUCGUUAGCGGCAGUUAUACUUUUACCGAAACUGAAGCUAUACUACGCCAAUCGAAGAUUGUCAAGAGGCGAGAAAAUCCCGAAAAAUGAUGAAGUUCCGAGAACUUGCUGGGAACGCAUCAAGUUCUACUUCAAAGUCGAAUACGUCUUCAUGGCAGUGUUUCAAAUUGCAAACUUCGUCAAUUUUAUCAUUAUUUUUGUUUGA